GUAAAUGCGGCAUGGCCUAAAAGGGAAAUAACGGCUGGUUGGCGCGAAUGAUAGGUGGGCUACUGCUAUUUUAAGCCUAUUCUGGAUUUCGUUUAGCCCUGUCAUCACCUGUAAUCGAUAAGAGAUCUUUCCCCUAGCUUGGUCCCACUGCCGAAUUAUCCAAUCCUCAUCCUUGCAAUCCCCUGACGUUGCAUUCCCGACUUUCAACUGGACAACCUUGCCUUGGUUAAUCAACACUCUUUGAUAUUGGAGAUAACUUCACCAAACUAAUAUACCACCAUUUCCCUAACCUAGGUAGUGACUACCCCUCAAAUUGAGAUGUGAAAAGGGGCCAUAUCGAAGCAAGCAGCCGUUAACCGUUAAUUUUAUUUAUUUGAGACCUAGGGGAUAACAACAUAUCGGUUUAUUUACUUGAUUGUCGAAGCGCCUGUAGCUUGUCUUUUUAGACACGUAACGCUACAUACUCCAGAUACUAUCACCACGUUGAAUAGCGCCAAACAACACAACAAACCGCGACCACACGAUUCGAAAGAUGAUCAGGUCAACCCAGAUAGCCCGUUUGGGCGAUGGCUUGAUGCUCUGCGCAUCUGUUGAUGACGAACAACAAUCAGAAUCCUCUCUCCCCGAAGUCAAGUCGCAAACAAAAAUCAUACUACGACGACUAAACCGCAACGCCGAACCCCAAGCCAGCAUCGAAAGCGGCAACUACACAAUCCACUACCUCAUCGCCAACGACAUAGUCUACAUCUGCAUCAGCGAGCGCUCCUACCCGCGCAAGCUAGCAUUCACCUACCUCUCCGACCUCUCCACCGAGUUCGCCCAGUCCUACCCCGCGCCCCAGCUGCACUCCCCGUCCCUGCGCCCCUACGCCUUCAUGGAAUUCGACACCUUCAUCACCCGCACCAAGGCCCUGUACGCCGACGCCCGCGCCACCCAGGGCCUGGGCCGCUUGAACGACGAGCUGCGCGACGUGACCAAGGUCAUGACCAAGAAUAUCGAGGAUCUGCUGUAUCGCGGAGAUAGCCUGGAGCGCAUGGGCGAGAUGAGCUCGCGGCUUAAGGAUGAUAGUCGCAAGUAUAGGAAGGCGGCUGUGAAGAUCAAUUGGGACUUGCUGAUCAAGCAGUAUGCGCCUAUUGGCGUGUUUGUGCUGAUUGUGCUGGUGUUUAUUUGGUUCCGGUUCUUUUGAGGUCGGUUACGGAGUGGGUAGUGGUAAGGGGUAAGGGGUAAG